AUGGCUUCUUCGUCCUCCGUCUCAGGCCGCUCAGCCUCCAGGAUGAGAAGAUUCCCCGACGCUGACCCCGAGGACGCCGCGUUCCCUUCGAGUCAGUCCGCGUCGCCGGUUUUUGCCCUGCGAGGCUCGUCUUUGUAUUUUUCUAGAGCCAUGUCGCAGCCGGUGAGGAGAUGGUUUCUUGUUAUUCUGACCUUUCUCCUCCUCUCUUGGACCUCCUACGUAGCCUUGUUCACCUCACAUCUUGAUCAUGUCAUACCCGGCCGGACCUCCUCCGAAACCCUCUCGCGUGCCGACCUCGAUGGCCUCAUAGUGCCUCCCCAGAGCAAAAAGCCCAGCUCUUCACGGCGUCUACGCCUUUUUAUGCCCGCAGACUCGCCUCACAUUAACCUCUGCAAGACCAUCAUAUCUGCCGUCGCUCUGGGCUACCCCAUGCCUACUCUGCUAAACUGGGGACGCGAGUACAACCGACCUUCCUGGCACUUUGCCGGUAGUCACAUCGCCAAGCUUGAGAGUCUUUUGGGCGGUAUUGAAGCCCUUCUCGAAGAUGGCGCGAGCGUGGAUGACGUCGCUGUCCUUGUCGACGCCUACGACAUGUGGUUUCAGCUCCCACCUUCUGUGCUCCUCGAGCGCUACCACCAGCUUAACCGCGAAGCUGAUGCUCGCGUGCGCAAAGAAUGGGCAGCUUUUGCAGACUUUCCCAUCCCGCCUCCUCGUCAGGACAUCAUUGUCACGACGGCAAAGGACUGCUUCCCUGACAGCUACUCGGGCUCCGAUCCGCGGUACGAGCAUUGGCCUGAGUCACCGAUGCCAAAAGACAUGUAUGGUGAGGGGACAGAUGUGAUACCGUGGUCGCUUGAUCCUGCGAGAAAGUACAAAAAGGUGCGCCCGAGAUGUGUCAACAGCGGUCUCAUCAUGGGAUCCAUGGGCGGCUUGAGAGAUGCCCUCCGCCGAUGCAAAGAGAAGAUUGAUCGCGUCGCCAUGAACAGCCGUCAGCUCUGGAGUGACCAGGCGCUCAUAGGAGAGGUUAUUGGAGACCAAGAGAUAUGGCGUGAGUGGGUGAGACAUCUCGCUUCCUCAUGGAACGGCUCCAUCGUCCACAACAAAGCAUCUCUCGACGCCGCCGUCCGAAGCAUCGCUAACGCUGCCUUGCUCGGCCAACGCUUCGAGUUUGGUAUCGGCCUCGAUUACAACUUCACCACGGCCCCGCCCACCUGCUCCGCCGAAGAGGACGGCUACUUUGUCAAUCUCUCCGACGCCGCCAAUGUCACCUCCGAGUCCGAAAGGGCUGGGGUCCCCGGUCCCCCGCGCAUCAACGGCCCACCCCCGGAGCUACGCCGUAGCCCGGACAAGAUCCUUUCCGAGACAAACUGGGGCUCGGUGCCGCUAUACACCGACUUCUUCUUCGGCGUCACCCCCGUGGGAAUCCACCACAACGCCUACGUCAACGGGCUCAAAGGUCUACGACUACGUACCUGGUGGGACAAGAUGUGGUACUACCCGCAGCUUCGAGACCUUAUCGUCCAGCGCCUAAAGCCCGACACAGACGAGUCAGGGCGGCCGCUGGCAGAGAUCGAAGACGGAAUUGUGUAUCUGGCUGACGGGCAUCACAAGACGGCGAGGGUGUUUAGCCCCCGCAAUCCUUCGGGCGAGAGGUUUGUCCCCAUCGCGUGGGACGGCGUGUGUCAGAGCAAGGCCAGCGGGAGGAUGUGGUAUGACGAGCUGUUUGGGGACGAAAAGGGUCCUCUACACGUUUGA